AUGGCAAACUCCCUGAACCCGGUCGGGUCGGCAUCCCAUAUGUCUUCGUCGGCCCUCAUGCCAGCACGCCAUGAUGCCGAAGCCCGCCCACGCAACCGGCGCCUCAUCAGUACCCUCGACGACUCUUCCUCAACCGGUGGGCCUAUAGAGAGGCUCUCCGCCUCCUUUUCUGCCCUGCGUGCGCCGUCUAGUCGAGAGCCAAGCCCAAUGCCCUCCGGCCACCUGUCUAGGGAUACAACUGCCAAGCCCGCGGCACGAGAUGCGUCUACCAGUAACCGCCGAAACAACACUGUACCAAACACUGCAAGUUUCCUGGAUACGACAUGGUCUCAGGGCUGGGCCUCAAUCCAAGGGUUGGCUUCUUCCAUCAUAUCUGGUGGAAGUGUUCACGAUGCGGGUUACGAGUCAGAUCACAGGAACGGGAGACGGACGGGCUUCAACCCCCUUAAGCGAGACUAUUCCACGCCGCCACGGAAGGCUCCAAAGGACUGGGGCCCUGCACCACCAUCCAACUCUAGGCCUGACCAUCGAGACAUAGCGACAGGUUCCCUCGCAGAGAGAGAUGCUGCCCUCAAAGCAGCGCGAACAGCGAGCGUCUUGGAGAGCCACGAGGGCGUCAACGGAGGUCUUGACGUGGCGGGCAAGUAUAAGAGGAGGAAUUCGGACGAGUCUGUUAGAGACACGCUGCAAGAGGAGGAAGUUCAAGACCAACUGGUGUACAUUCACCACGUGCAACCAACCGACACCUAUGCCGGUAUAGUGCUCAAAUAUAGGUGUCGCGAGGACGCAUUCAGAAAGGCCAAUGGUAUGUGGUCCAGAGAUAUCCAGGUGCGAAAAUGGCUAGCUAUACCGGUCGACGCGUGCGAGAUCAAGGGCCGCCCAUGUGAGCCGCCUUCACACGAGGGACAAGCCGUCGACUUCCUGUCCCCAACACCGGAACCGAAAAGCGCCAACGGCCGAGAUGGGCGUACUUCCGCUCAACCACAACAAGUCGAUUUCUUCAGCUUGCCAACUACGAAUGGCUCAUCAUCCGAGCUAUCCAGAAACGAAGAAGAGGAGUUGCCAUGGACUCACGUACGCUGGGUUGCUUUGGACUCGGUUCCAAAACCAGUUGAGAUCGCCCGUGUGUCGAAGAAAACAAUAGGGUAUUUUCCGCCACGACGGAAGAAGAGCCUCCGAAGUACUUCGACCAUGUCGACACCAAGGCACUCUCUUGAUACUGCAGCGAUAACAGCUGGGCUCAUGGAAAGUCCAGAACAAGUGGGCAGGCCGACCUCCCGACGUCAGAGCAAUCUCAGCAACAGGCCCAACCUAUCCAGCACUCCGGCUUUGUCCACCCCUGCGUCUUCAAGGAGCAGGAUGAACAGCGAUGCUGGGGACACGCGGCCAGCAUGGAUGAGGAGACCUGGGGGCGUUGGUUCCAUGGGUCGAAGCGUCCGGGCGCCUGGCCCGGAAAAGGAUUACUUGAACACGUGGGCGAAGAAGCAUCUCCCUGGACUUGCCAUCGACGAGUCGCUACCGUCCAUUUCUGUCAUGGGUUCUGAGACGGCCAACUUUGGGUUCAGGCCAGGAUCUAGCAGUGGGAUUGUCGAAAGCCCCUUCGACGAGGGUCAAGAUCUCUCGGCAACUUCCAGGCAAGGCUCCGGUCUUGAUCGUGCCGCGGCGACGGUAGAAACAUGGCUGCGCGGCGCGUUCGCCAAAUCUCCUGGAACGCCGACAACGGGGACCCGGAGUCGUCAACCGGACGUCCUCGACCUCAUCGAAUUAACCGAUACCAACAGUGACGAUGGGAGGCUGUCCGUGUCAGUCGGCAGCGGUGUGACUAGCUCAGGGUUAUUCGAGACCGCCCCAAUGACAGUCGGCUCUACGAGCAGGAGCGACGGAGACGGGUCUGUCAGAGGCCGAAGCGUGAGUAACAACGCAUCGGCCGUCAAGUCCAAGAAGUCUGAUUAG